UGGUACAUAUGUCUGUCAAUCAUCUGCAGAGCCUGCCUCCAACGGCAGCACAUUAGUUAUUUACUGUAUCACCCGGAUUCUGGUCAUUCCUGAUCAUUUUACCCAACAAUAUUUACUGACUCCACCACCCGGGGUUGCCCCACAAUGGCCUCCUCUUCAUCAGUUGGAGACAAGCAGCUUCAGAGGAUAAUCAGAGAUCUGCAGGAUGCAGUGUUUGAGUUGAGUAAAGAACACCAGGAAAGUGGUGAACCUAUAACUGAUGACAGUUCCAAUCUGCACAAGUUCUUCUACAAACUAGAAUAUCUUCUGCAGUUUGACCAAAAAGAGAAGACAACCUUUCUGGGCCAGAGAAAAGACUACUGGGAUUACUUCUGCGACUGCUUGAUUAAGAUCAAAGGAGCUAACGAUGGCAUCCGUUUUGUUAAGUCCAUCCCAGAGGUGAAGACAUCUCUGGGAAAAGGAAGGACCUUUGUUCGCUACUCACUCGUCCACCAGCGUCUUGCCGACUCUCUGCAGCAGUGUUUUAUAAAUCAGAAGGUCACAAGUGACUGGUAUUAUGCCCGAAGUCCCUUCCUUAAGCCUCACAUCACUGCUGACAUUAUCAAUCAUCUAUAUGAGCUCAACCAGAUUCAGUUUGAUGUGGCCGCCAGAGGUUACGACCUUGAUGCAGAUUGGCCAACUUUUGCAAGGAGAACUUUAGGAGCUGCUUCAUCAGCUCACAUGUGGAAGCCUCUAAGUCGUUGCUCCAGCAUCAACAGCCUGAUCAGCAACACGCCACACUUACAGGCGCAGGAGGGCAGUCUGAACCCUGGCUUGAGUCAGAGUCUGCUCAGUGAACUUGGAGAUUCGGCAGGACCUUCUUCCUGCAGUGUUGCAGAGAACCUCCGCUUUGAGCUUGACCAGUCCGAGCUCAGACAGCGGGAGCUGUCAGCACGAGUACGCGAUUUGGACAAAGAGGCUGCUGAACUCAAAGGUGUUGUCAAGGACCUGCAAGGGCAGCUAUCAUCUGUAGCUGCUCGGAAUAACUCAGAAACAAGUAAUGGAGUAAACCGUCAGAUUUUUGAUUUACAUGAGAGACUCACAGCGUCUGAGACCAAAAACAUGAACCUUCUUUCUAAGUUAGACGAGGCUCUCAAUGAGAAGGGACAGCAAACAACCAGCUACUAUGAUUCAGCGUGGAAGAUCCAAGAACUUCUAGAAAAACUAAAGGCCGCUGAGGAAGAGAGGUUAGCGGCGAAGAAAGAGGCCGAGGACAAGGCCAGACACGCAGAGCGUCUCUCAGAGCAGCUGAAACUCAGGGAAGAAGAGUUGAGGACGUGUGAGGAGAAGCUAGCCGGAGUGAAAGCCAGAGCUAGCGAUGAUAAAGACGAGGCGCUUGCACGUUUGGAGGAGCUCCAAAGUGUGGUCGGUCGAAUUCAGGGGGCACUGACUCUAAAAGAGAAAGAAACCGGAAACCUGAGGGCCCAGCUUCAGGGUGUGCAGGCCUCGUUGGAAGGCAGGGAGCGACAGGCGGAGGAACUGAGGAAAAGACUACAGGAGGAAAGGGAGGAAGUAGAGCAGAGGUGUGGACUGACUUGUGAGGAACUUGAGGGCCAGAUGUUGGAUUUAAGAAGGAUCUUAAAAAGCAGAGAGAAGGAACUCGCUGCUAGUUCUGAAACCAUCCAGCAUUUGGAGGAGCAGCUAGAUAAAUUAAACGCUGAGAGAGAGACUCCAUGUUCUGAAGGUGAUGAUACUGACCCCAUGGUGUGUUCUGAUCAGGACUAUAAAACCCGGUGUGACAGUCUCAUGGAAAUAAACACUAAGCUUCUCCAAACCAUUGCAGUGAGUGAAACGAGCAUUAUAGAGCUAACCGAGAGCAGGGCUGUCCUGUUAGACCAGCUGGCUGCCUCAAAGGCCUCCGAGAAGCACCUGAAGGCUCGGAUCGAAGCGGCUAGCAUGAAUGUAGAAGACAAAGAACAGAAGAUUUUAGACGAAAACCUGCGUCUGGAACAGAGCCUCCAGAAGGUGCUGCUACAGAAGGAAGAAUUAGAUGCCCGCUUGAAGAAGUUGCAGCAAGAGAACUUGGGCCUUUUAGAUGCUCAGACCUCAUUGAAGGCACCGUUAACUAUGACUCAAGAGAUGCUGGAGUCGACUAAAGCUGAGAUGGUAGAGAAGAACCUCACAGCCUCCCAAAAAAGCCAAUCAGAGCUACUUGAAAAGCUCCGGGAAACUGAGGAGAAGCUGAGAGCCCAGACUGAGAUAUGUGGUCACCUGCAAGGUCGAGCAGAUGAGCUGGAGAACAGAACCAGAGAGAUAUACUAUGAAAAAGGAGCUGCUGAAUUAAAUGAGAAGACCUCCUCACUGGAAAGCAAAGAAGCUCCCAGCAAGCUGGUAAUGGCUGAAGCUCAGUUGGAGCUGAAUCUAAGGGAGGUAACAAGGUUACGGGAGGAAGUGAUGGAGCUCAGGGCUCAGCUGUUGGCAGGAAACCAGGAGAAGAUGAAACUCCAGGCCCUGCAGGAGGUGACUGCAGCCUCCAGAGAGGACCUCCGUAUGCUGGUAGAUCAGCUGAAGGCCCAGGUGGAGGAGCUCAACCGCAAACACGUAGAUGACAUCCUCAGAUCGCAAGAGCGUGAGGAGGCUCUCAUUCGUGAGCGAGACGGUGAGGCGCGGGCUCGAGCAGGUCUGACCGCGGAGGUGAUGAGUUGCAGGGAGGAGGCCGAGAGGCUGAAGAUGAGCUACGACGCUGUGCGUGUGGAAAACGGCGAAUCGCGGGAAGCUCUUCACCGAGCCAACACAGAAACCGCAGAACUCGGGGUGCACGUCUGCAUGCUGACCGCGGAGAAGGAGGAGGCUCGUCUGCGUUGGGAGGACCUGUCGACAAGGCUGCAGGAGCUGGAGGAGGAGGCGACUCAGGAGGCAGAGAGGCUGAACGCCUGCGUAGAGCAGUUACGCCAGGAGAACCAGGAGCUCCGCUGUCAGCUCCAGACCGAGGAGGAUCUGUUGGCUCUCAAGCGGAGACUGCAGGUGGAGCUGAGCAAAGCUCAGCAGGAGGUGGAGACGCUACGAACAACAAGUCAGGAGGGGAUUCAGGUGCUUCAGCUCCACCCCAGCAGCCAAACCGCAUCCCAUGACAACCAACUCCAGAAGGCGACGCCGGAGUUACAGGACGUGAAGUCACAGCUGGAGAAAGAGCAGGAGCGAUUCUUCAGCUUAGAGAACAAACUAAAGCAGAUGGAGGCUGAGAAUAAGAGAUGUUGCCAACAGAUUGAGGAGAAAAAUAUCCAGAUGGCCAAAUCAGCAAAUCUCAUCCUGCAGAAAGAAGACGAGCUAAUCCAUCUGAAAGAAAAUUUAUCAAGGUCUGAAGAGAGUCUGGCAGCGGCUCAGCAGGCCUGUAAGGAGAUGGCUGAAAACCUACGGAGGGUCACGCAGGACAAACAGAGCUUCGAUCUGAGGACCGCCGCCGAACUCGAUGACCUUUAUCGAACAAAAGUCAAUCUGGAGGAGAGGCUCGUGGAGCUCAUCAGGGAGAAAGACGCACUCUGGCAGAAGUCCGAUGCCCUGGAGUUUGAGCAAAAGCUGCGAGACGAGGAGACGGAGAGGGACUUUAAUUACUGUUUGGGCUGUCGCACUCAGUUCAGCUGGUGGCUUCGUAAAUACAACUGCAGGCUGUGUGGGCGUCCCUUCUGCUACUACUGCUGCAGCAACACAGUGAGCACCCGGCAGGGUGGCAGCAGAGAGAGCUGCUGCCAGGACUGUUACAGCCAGCACAGUGCAGUGGUUGAGCGCCACCCGCAGGUGGAGGUGACACACAGCACUCCGGGGUCACCCUUCAGCCGCUUGCUGCAGACCACUCGUUCUCUGGCUGGGGUUGCAGGAGGAGAUGAGGGAGAAAAGCUGGAUGAUGGUGUGUUUGACAUCAUCACAGAGGAGGAAGUGAGCGGUGUGAACGACACAGACUCUUUCACCACCGCCUGCUCUCCGGGACUCGGCCAGCAGGGGGCAGCAGAGCUCUGUGCCAGUGCUGCGGAUGUCCCAUCAGAAGAUGCUGAGGACCUCAGCGCGGCUGUACAGGAUGCGGAGAUCUGCCUGCUGAAGUCCGGAGAACUCACACUCUCUGUCCGUUUCACCGUAGACGACAUCUUGGAGUUUGGAGACAGCCCGCGGGAGCUUUUCAUCAAGUCCAGUUGUUACAGCAUCAUCUCCAUCACCAUGAGCUCUCCUGGUCCCACCGUGUCCUGGACCUUCACCUCGGAACCAAAGAGAAUCUCCUUCAGCGUGGUUUACCGGGAGAACGCUGAAGCUCCAGUGGAGCAGGCCAAGGUUUUGAUCCCUCUGACUCGCUGUAAUUCCCACAAAGAGACGAUACAGGGGGAGCUCAAAGUCCGAAAUCCUGGAGAAUACAUCCUCAUCUUUGACAACUCUUUCUCCAGGUUCAUCUCAAAGAAAGUGCUGUAUCACCUGAGUCUGGACAAGCCCGUAGUCUAUGAUGGAACUGACCUUCUCUGAGCAGGUCCAGCUCUGACCUCAGGGUGGAGAUGUCCACGCUGCGGUGGAGGACUCUCCUGCUGCAGAGCUACCUAAAUCAUGUCAUUUAAAAAAAAUGUCUCUCUUGGUUAUGCUCAUGAGGCGUUAAACACAGAGGGGAUUUUAAUCCGAGGGGAAUAAAACCUAAACAAUAACAAAAGAAUCUGCUGUCGUGCACCGUCUUCCGUACAAUAACACUGCCCUUAUGUGCCAUGGCAAAUAUUUUGAGGUUAGAUCUUUUGUAAUUUUGUGUUUUAAUGAAACAUGAGAGCUGAUCCUGAUUAAUGAUAACCCAUCACAUGAUCAUAUUCUAAAGUAAAAACACGUCAGAUGUGGCUCAGCUCACAUAUUUUACUAAUGGUUGCCUUCCAGCUUUGAGCUGAAACACGGGGGGAAGAAACGGAGGCUGCUGCCGGGUUUAUUUACAGAAUUCUGUUCCUGUUACUGUUUGUUCAGACAGAUUAUUUUUGUGCAAACACUGCAAGCAUGCAUUUGCUGUCAUAUUUAAGAAACGGAGAAUAUAUUGAAGUUUGUAGUUUUCUAACUGUAAUUAUUGACAUUUUUCUUGGGACUUUUAUCAUUUUUCUGAGCUGUUUAACUAUUGGACCCGUGUUAGCUCUGAGAGAGCAACACUGGGGUUUAUUUCUUUGUCUUAACUCAAACCUGUUAAACAGUUUAGAGGUGUGAUGAUAUUUUAUCUGCUGUGUGUCAAACAGAAGAACCUGAGCCUUUAGAUAGAAAACAUGGUUUUCAUGAUGCUGUUCAUUUUAGGCCUUUUUCAAAAUGUGUGAAUGUUGAAUUUAGAUGUGAAAACCAACUUAAAAAGACUAAAUCACUACUGUGGAACAGAUGAUUUACGAAACGCCUCCUACUCUUUAAAACUGUGUAAAGAUAAACUAACAAAAUGUUUGUUUUUACACAUCUAGAUGAGCCUGCUAAUGUUUUGCGAAAAGCACACAGAGAAAUAGUUUUGUUCUCAUGUUAAAUGGGACUCUCCGUUUUUAAAACGCUGCACAAUGACUGUUGCACUUUCGAAAGGGGCUCUCGAUUCGUCUUUAACCCCGUCAGCCUUUGUGUUCCAGUUGGUUUUCUUUAAUUUUCUGCGUCGUUUGUCUUUUGUUGGAUUCAGAGCUUUUACUCUAACUUCGUAAAUAACGGUUCAAACUGUUUAAGGAAGUUAUAAACAUUUAUUAAUAGCAUAAAGGGUGUUUGAUAAAUAAAAGUUGUGUGGUAAACAUCUCUAUUGCUCAGAUUUUUUUCUUUAUUCCCAGUUUAUCUAAAUUAGGUUUUCUUGUUUGUUUGUUUUUUGUGUAAAGGGCAUUUAAAACAGAUUAUUGAAUAGAUUAGCACCAACAUUUAAAUAGUAAACCUUUUGAUUCAACCUCUGUUGGGGAAAAAAGCUCUGGCGCUCCUGUUUCAGGACAGAGAUGUUAGCCAGAGCAGAAGAUGACACGUUUUUGAGUUUUGCUCUUAAUAACUUCUUGAU